AUGCCAGCUCCACCUUCGCCUCUGCUUAUUCAUUCUCCAUUAGGACGAUCUCGCGGUGAGCCUCAGCCUCCUGCUCCUCCUCCACCUGACUGUAGGAGCGUCCGUUGUCCUAGCGGUUCUCACUGUGAAAUGGUCCAGGAGCCAUGUCGGUCAUUUCCAUGUCCGAGUGCAAUUCCAGAAUGCAGGCCGAUGGUUUUCUCCGCUCCAACUACGACAACCACAACGUCACCUCCAGUAACCUCACCUGCAUCUCCUCCAGCACCAUCUCCGCCACCUGACGCGCCGCCGACACCUCGACCAGAGAUUUUACCUCUUCAACAGCCCACCAAUGCUGCAAUGUCACCAGUCCCUCCUGAUGCUGUACCCAAUCUACAGGAAACCCCUGGAGCUCCACCCACACAACAACCGAGCGUUUCCAAAAUGCCAUCUCCACCAUCCGUCAGUCCCUCGGUAGCGCAACAGGUAGCUCUCAACUCAAUGCCUGAUAUUGCUGAAGUGAGGCCAUCAUCGCCCUCUUCUGCUUCCACACAGCCGACCCUUUCUCUUGGAUCAUCAACAUUCCCGAGAAGAUUGGCGAUUGUCAUAGGAGUUCGAACUACCCCGUCACCCUCAACUAGCACCCCUACGCCCUCAUCUCCUUCCAGAUCAGCAGCUGGAACUUGUUUUGGAGUGGUGUGUCCAACAGGCACUUCCUGCCACCUUCUAGAAGGGGUUCCACAGUGCGAUUUCACAGGUACGGUAUUGAUCUCUUAA